AUGAUCAACUCUUCUCAGGUUCCAUAUUUCAUCCUCGGUGCCUACUUUGACACCGGGCUGUUUAAAUACCUGUUUUUCCUGAUUGUUAUGUCUCUAUAUGCUUUUAUUGUCUGUGCCAAUGUGCUGCUGGUUGUGGUUAUCUGUGUGAACAGGAGCUUACAUGAACCUAUGUACCUUUUUCUGGUCAGCCUGUUUGUAAAUGAACUGUAUGGUAGUACAGGGUUGUUUCCAUUCCUUCUGGUUCAGAUCCUCUCGGACAUUCACACUGUUUCUGCUCCCUUCUGCUUCCUGCAGAUCUUCUGUGUGUACUCUUAUGGAAGUAUAGAAUUUUUAAACUUAGCCGUCAUGUCUUAUGACAGAUAUCUUUCCAUCUGUUAUCCUCUGCAGUAUCACACUCGUAUGACAUAUAGGAAAGUUGCCGUGCUUAUCGCCGUAAUAUGGUUACUCGUAUUUUUAGUGAAUUUUUGCACGCUGCCUUUGAUUGUUCCUCUGCAGCUGUGUGGGAACGUCAUCAACAAAGUCUACUGUGAUAACCACUCUGUUGUCAAACUGGCCUGCUCUGAGGCCACGGUCAACAACAUCUAUGGACUCAUUGUUAGCGCCUUGUCAGUCUUUGUUCCUCUGAGUUUAAUCCUCUACUCCUACAUGAGGAUCCUUAAAGUGUGUUUUUCUGGUUCUAAGCAGACGAGACAGAAAGCUGUCAGCACCUGCACCCCCCACCUCGCUUCCCUCAUCAACUUUUCCUUUGGAGCUUGCUUUGAAAUAUUACAGAGCAGGUUUAAUAUGAGCAGUGUACCCAUGAUGAUGCGCAUUUUUUUAUCAUUAUACUUCCUUACAUGUCCGCCGCUCUUCAACCCUGUAAUGUACGGCCUGAAACUGUCUAACAUCCGAGUUGCAUGUAAAAAUCUACUUUCAAAUGUAUGCUUCUGGUGUUAG